AUGACGCUUGAACCGACUCUGGCUGUUGGGCCCGGCUUUGAACGCCAAGUGCUAGAACUUCGCUUCGCUGCCGCCAUGAUUGGUCAAUUUGACCGGUUGAUCAGUUCACCGUCUGAUCCAAGUCUCAUUGCCGGCUACAUGAUGCGUCAGAAUUAUCCAAAGGUGCCGCCGUCGUGGCGUUUGCGCGGCAUCCGCGACCUGAGUCCUGCGCCGACGACAACCAUCCAUCACACGGAUCAUUCCCCCCAGCACACUAUGGCUACAAGUUGCUCUCGACAAACUUGCCCAGCAGCACAGGGGAGGAUUAUCAGUCCUGAUCGGCCGGUAUACGGAAAGACUACUCCGUACGGAUGCGGAGCCGGAGGGGAGGAUUGUUUUCUGGCGGGGUCAAUUGCCACAGAUGCAUCGACGAUUUCAGCCAACUCGGAUGAAUGUCAACAUAUUUGGACAGAUGCUGUAUCAGAAUUGCUAAGGCAUCUAGAUAUCUCCCAUGUCUCUCUAAGUACACAGAGUGAUGGAACAGUGUAUGCACUUGAUCUCAUUCUCCACCACCCUGAGAUUCUGCGCCCACAAAAGAAGCCCCAUAUUGAAAUCGGUGCUCUAUGGAUCCAUCCUUCCCAGUCCGGAGCGCUGGCCAUGUCUGUCACUCACCCUCUCCCGAAGAUGUUAAUAGAGCAGACAGACAAGUUGGCGUCUCUUGCGUCCACCGCGUCAGGACCCGUGAUGUCUAAAUAUUUCGCGACAUCUGACAUUCUUCUCGGACUUCUAGGUGCCAAGUCUUCACCGUCCUUCAUCAAAAAACUGAUCGGCAAGUGGCCUUUGAAGGGGCAUUGCAGCUUAGAAUGCUCAGAUUUGUUUACGCGAAGGGGCUACUAUACCUUGGUUCCAAGAUUGGCAGCCGUGUUGCGUUCUCCAGAACAACGUCUCGUAGUGGAAGUUUUCCUAGGCGAGACUGACUACAUAAUUGGGGACACGGGUUCCAAAGGGCCAGAAUGGGUCAACCAGUGUCGGAAAAGCAUAAGCGAGGCCGACGAUGGCCGGAUAGAUCUCUCCAGCAUUGUUGUGAAGGUUCUUAUCGAAACGCGACGUGGAACCUACGAUGGGGUGUUCCUGAGCAUGUAG